AUGGCGUCCUACAUUCCGCCUCAUAACCCAACCCGACCUGGGACUGCAGACCCCUCUACCCGAUUCCAACGAGUUCCCCAUAGAUCACAGACAGCCCCUGUUAGGCCUCCUCCUAGCUCUUCUGCAACACGUUCCCGAUCGUAUUCAUCGUCCAAUUUUGCACGUCCGCCAAGUCGAACUGGCACACCGUCUUCCAUCGAGCGCCAGAAUCGGCUGCGUGCUCGCGAAGAGGAGCGCAUACGCCGUGACACAGCCGUUGUGGAACUCAGAAUUAAUCAUAAUCACGAUGUUCUCGUCAAGGCACUCGAUGCCGUUAGCAAAACCGCUCACAAGGAGUCCGAGCGAAUCCGGUACGACCUCCACCGUCUGGCCACGAUCGUCGAAUCUGGAGCCACCUCCCUCACGAACAGUAUCAAUACUCUCGAAUCCGCUCUUCGUAAGGAGGAGGCACGGAAGCGUGGCCCAGAGCUAGAUUGCCUCGAGGCCACGCUCCAGGAGAGUGAGAAGCAAAUGGCUUACGAAUACACCCGACUCCAGACGGUCCGAAAUUCCGAGCUUGAACGUGCAGAAUCUACCGCCUCGUCCCUGAUCCAGGCCAAACGAAAUGAAGAAGCGCGCUUAGCUCGGGAUCUCCAACGCCUUCAUGAUGCCCGCGCAGAGGCUCGAAGACGAGUUGACGAUGAGCUGGCUUCUCUAGCUCACCGUGGACUGACCGAGUGGGACUUGCCCUUGCUUCAUACUCGGGAUCUCUCGGCGAAACUUGAUAGCACGUUCGCUGCUUUCACCACUCAACGUUCCAAGUCUACCACCGAAUUCAACCUCGAGGCUCGGCGAGUCACCGACAUGCGGCGUGAGAAGAAGCGUGCCAUUGAUGCGGAAAUGUUGCGACUCACCAAGGUCCGGAAUGACUGUCGCCUUCGUAUCGAUGCCGAGAUAUCUCGAUUCAUGACGGCGGAACGGUUUACUCGAGCCUCCCAACCACAGUCUAAACCACAAGUCCCCCCUCAAACUCAAUCACGGACUCCUCCACGUGCUCGCAAGACCUCUACCUCUCAUUCUUACACUUCCAGCACCCAAUAUCCUCAAUACCCCCAAUUCUCUACGGAGCGGACCCACCAACAGAAAUCACAGGCCCAGCAGGCUCGUGAGGCGUGGCAAAGAUACGAGGAUACUUGGACAGAACUUUCGAAUUCAGAUGCUCCUCCUACUGGUGUCGCUCAACUCAACUCACGGUCGAUCGGUGCUUUCCUCCUUUCUUCGUUACAUGACGGUGGAGGGUCCACACGUCGUGAGCGUAUUCGUAAUGCCAUGCGUCUAUGGCACCCCGACAAGUGGAUGGGCCGAUACAUGGGCCGAGUUGACCCUCGCCAUGCUCAGUCAGUCAAAGACGGCGUAAACGCAGUAGCGCGGGCAUUGACGGAGCUUUUGGCCACCGCAUGA